CGCCUCUCUGCUCUUUCUCCAUUUCGAGAUAAGGCAAUAUAUCUAUCCCCAGCUCCUCCUCCUCAGCCUCCCGCGCCUCCGCACCUCACCACGGCUACCGCCGGACCUCGCCGGCGUCCCCCGACGAGGUUUCUGAAGGACUCAAGAUUCUGAUACAGUUCCCCUAAAUUCAGUAUGACGCCAGUGGUUCAUUGCUCUGUGGGCAGCGUCAGCCUGUUCCACAUAGGCAGUUUCAGGCCCAGCCGAGAAAUCCAGAUAAGAAGGUUCCGCGGCUCGGAGAGGUACUCGAGACUAACAUCGCCGUCGCAUCAUGGGCUGCUGCAGCCGCAGACAGCGUUCCGCUUGAUCAGCGUCUACAAAACAAGCUGGUCCUCUGCCAGCAGGCUAAGGACCUUGUCAGCAGCAGCUGUGGAGACUGAUGUUGCGGUGGAGGGCUCGUCAUCUCCAUCUGGAGAAACUUCCGGUGAAAGCUCCGAGGCCGCACCUGCCGCUGCUGAAACUACUGAGCAGGCGCGCCCAGCAGCUUCUUCCGCUCCCAAGAUAGGACGCAACACGCGCAAGAGCGAGAUGCCGCCACUGAAGGACGAGGAUCUAGUUCCCGGUGCAACUUUUACUGGGAAAGUCAGGUCUAUCAAGCCAUUCGGAGUCUUUGUUGACAUUGGGGCAUUCAGUGAAGGCCUUGUCCAUAUCUCCCGAGUAAGUGACGGUUUUGUCGAAGAUAUAUCUACCCUGUUCAGUGUUGGGCAAGAGGUGUCUGUGAGAUUAGUGGAAGCAAACAAGCAAACAAAACGUAUCUCCUUGACAAUGCGGACGGGUGGAGAUUAUGUCAAGGAGGCACCUAAUGCCGCAAGCGGUGGGAGGAGUCCAAGUUCAGCUGCACCCAGAAGCUCACCAAGGCAAACAAAGGAUUACAAGAAGAUAGAUGAGGAAAAGUAUGCACGAGGAAAAUCUCUGACUGGCAUUGUCAAAAGUACAAACAGAACGGGGUCAUUCGUGACACUGCCUGAUGGAGAUGAAGGAUUCCUCCCAAGGGAAGAGGAAGCGGCCGCACUUUUUACCCUUAUCGGGCAUUCCGGGCUGGAAGUUGGUCAAGAGGUAGAUGUGAAAGUAUUGAAUGUAUCACGAGGGCAGGUCAACUUGACAAUGAAGGGGGGAGACAAUGAUGAAGACGAGUUGGCAUCGUUAAACACAAACCUGAAGCAGGGAUGGUCCAGAGGAACUAACGCGUUUGAGUUAGCUUUCCGUAAGAGCAAGGAAAUCUCUGCAUUCUUGGACCAGAGGGAAAAGAUAACAGUUCCAGAAGCACAAGCAGAAGUUGAGAGUGAGACUUCAGUUGCAACUUCUGAGGUUGAUAGCAAAGUUGAUGAGCUCGUUGAGCCUCCUGCACUUUCUGCUACUGAAGUUGAAAGCAAAGAGGAGAAUAGUUCUUCAGCCCAAGCUGUGACCGGCACCAUUGAGGAAAUCACUCCUGUGGCUGAGGAGCCACAAGCAUCAGUAGAAGAGGUUCCUGCAACUGCAAGUACCGAGUCUGUCGAUAAAGAAGCUGCUCUUGAAACUGAGGAAGUAGUAGCCUCGAGUGAGGAAACCACAGAGGUUGCUGCUGCUGGAGCUGGAGAAGCAAGCACAACCACAGCAACUAUUUCUCCUGCUCUUGUCAAGCAGUUGCGUGAUGCAACUGGAGCAGGCAUGAUGGACUGCAAAAAGGCUCUCGCUGGAUCAAAUGGUGACAUUGAUAAAGCUCAAGAAUUCCUCCGUAAGAAAGGGCUGGCAGCUGCUGACAAGAGGGCUGGACGAGCCACUGCGGAGGGAAGAAUUGGUUCUUACAUACAUGACAGCAGAAUCGGUAUCCUUCUUGAAUUGAACUGUGAGACUGACUUUGUAUCGCGAGGUGAUAUCUUUAAGGAGCUGCUCGAUGAUCUUGCCAUGCAAAUCGCGGCUUGCCCUCAAGUUACGUACAUUUCUAUUGACGACGUCCCUGAGGAGGUUGUGAAGAAGGAGACGGAGUUGGAGAUGCAGAGGGAGGAUUUGCUGUCAAAGCCUGAGCAGAUCCGCUCUAAGAUUGUCGAGGGCCGAGUAAAGAAGAGGCUUGGAGAGUUCGCAUUGCUUGAACAACCAUUUAUCAAGAGUGACAAGGUCACAGUUGGUGAAUGGUUGAAGCAAACUAUUGCUACAAUUGGAGAGAACAUGAAGGUCAGGAGGUUUGUUCGGUACAACCUGGGCGAAGGGCUGGAGAAAAAGAGCCAGGAUUUCGCUGCUGAAGUUGCAGCCCAGACAGCCGCGAAGCCACCACCAGCUGCUCCUCAGAAGGAUGACAAGCCCGAGGAAACUGCAGAAACUGCAGAGAAGAAACCAGCCGUGGCAAUUUCAGCUGCAUUGGUAAAGCAACUCCGAGAUGAAACUGGUGCUGGUAUGAUGGACUGCAAGAAAGCGCUCGCCGAGACUGGGGGUGACCUUCAGAGCGCUCAGGAAUUCCUCAGGAAAAAGGGUCUCUCCUCCGCAGACAAGAAGUCGUCUCGCCUAACCGCUGAAGGCCUGAUUGGCUCGUACAUCCACGACAACCGCAUAGGGUGCAUGAUUGAGAUAAACUCUGAGACCGACUUCGUGGCUCGCAAUGAGAAGUUCAAGGAGAUGGUGAACGACCUAGCAAUGCAAGUGGUGGCAUGCCCUCAGGUCGAAUACGUCUCAGUGGAGGACAUACCGGAGAGUAUUGUCAGCAAGGAGAAGGAGAUUGAGAUGCAGAGGGAGGACCUGCAGUCGAAACCCGAAAACAUCCGGGAGAAGAUUGUGGAAGGGCGGAUAGCAAAGAGGCUCGGAGUGAUGGCCCUCCUGGAGCAGCCCUUCAUCAAGGAUGACAGCAAGACGGUGAAGGAUCUCGUGAAGGAAACGAUCGCUGGCCUGGGAGAGAACAUCAAAGUAAGGAGGUUUGUCAGGUACACCCUCGGCGAAAACUGAUGGAUGAGACGGUGAUCUCCGUCACGAUCCCUGAAAACAGGAGUUGGGCACAUUUUGAUUCACCGUGGUGCAUAGCUGUUACUAGUUUGUACUGAGUUCCAUGUAUAAUUUUGUAUCACCUGUUAUUAUUGUUCCUGGUUCCAAACAAGACAUUUUUUUCACAGCCUUGAAUGUAGAUGACAGGAGAGAUAAAUAUAUCGUCGAUGAAAGGAUUACGGCAAA